UGAGUAGUUAGUGAUAACCUGCCUGAUUUCGUGUCACGCGAGUCACGAUUUAAGAAUAAGCCGUGACCAAAAUAUAAUGUCAUAUUAUAACUAUCACUAUAAUAGUAUAAUUAUUAAUUUAUACUGACUAAUCAAUAUUUUUACACUUAUAGAGUUAAAAAUCAUUACGCUCCAAAUGAUCAUUGAUCGUUCAACACUGGUUUCAGAGAAAUAUUGUUAGAUAAAAUUGCAUCUUUAGAGCAGUUUUACGUCUUUUUGAAUUUUAAUUUUGUUCUCGACUUGUCGUGUAGAAUUUUAUAAAAUGAGUUAUCCAAAUAAAGUUAUUCAUAGUGGAUAUUUUAACGACACUCUUAGGCAAUGGCAGUGUCAAAAUACUCAAAUUACUCCUUUAAAUUUAAUGUAUCCUAUUUUCAUUUUAGAUGAAAAGGACGUAAGAGAAGAAAUAAAAUCAAUGCCAGGAAUCUAUCGACAAGGGUUAAAUCAUGUCAAAGCCAUGUUGGAUCCAGUUGUUGAGUCAGGGCUUAAAUCCAUCUUAAUUUUUGGUGUGAUCAAUAAGUUAUCAAAAGACCAAUGUGGAACACAUGCUGAUUCUCUUGAAAAUCCAGUUAUUCAAGCUUUACCGUUGUUAAAGAAAUGGUACCCAAAUCUUGUGAUAGCUUGUGAUGUAUGUUUAUGUCCAUACUCGUCUGAUGGACAUUGUGGGAUCGUUGAAAACCAACAAAUAGACAAUAUAAAAAGCAUUAAAAGGAUAGGAGAAAUAGCAUUAUCAUAUGCUCUUGCUGGUGCAGAUAUUGUCGCUCCAUCUUGUAUGAUGGAUGGACAUGUAACAGCUAUUAAACAAAGUUUAAUGAAAGAGAAUUUGUUGAGUCGAGUUAGUGUUUUAUCAUAUUCUGCAAAAUUUUGUUCUGUAUUUUAUGGACCAUUCAGAGAUGCUGCAAAUUGUGCACCAAGUUUUAGUAAUCGCUCAUCAUAUCAAAUUCCUGUAGGAAGUUCAAGUAUUGCAGAAAGAGUGGUGGAUAGAGAUAUCUCUGAAUCCUGUGAUAUGACUAUGGUAAAACCUGGUAUGAUGUACUUAGACAUAGUAAGAAAAGUUAAGGAUAAACAUCCAAAUAUACCAAUAUUUAUUUAUCAGGUGUCCGGAGAAUAUGCAAUGUUAUAUUAUGCUGUACAAGCAGGUGUAGUACAAUUAAGAGAGGGUUUACUUGAAAUUUUAAGAAGUAUGCGACGAGCCGGUGGUGAUGUAAUCGUGACUUACUAUACUCCAGAAAUUUUAAAAUGGUUAAAAGAUGUACCAAUAUUAUAAAUAGUAUUAUGUAUUUUACUAUGGACCCUGCUAUAUUUGCUCUAGUAUUAUAGUUUAUUGUUAUUAUUUUUUUUUUUUGUUUGAUUGGGAGUAUGUCCAUGGUUUGGUUGGUUGUCUAUUUUUUUUUUUUAUCUGGUUUUGGGUGGUCUUUUUUCAAUUCCCUGCACAGAGUAAGAGAUGACACUCAUUCAAACUGUCAACAAUAUACAUUAGAACCACUGCCCACUAUUUAAGAUAUUAUACUGUUAUAUCGGAUACUGAUCGCCAUAUCAUUAAAAGCUUUCAAAUUUAUUAAUGAAGUGAUUAAGUGAUUAACAACUGUAAGAAAUCACCACUAGCGCCUAUAUAUCAACAUUUAGAACUAAUUGUAUAACUAUCUAUAAAUGUAGGUAUAUGGAUCAUUAUAUUACCAUUGCAAGCCCUACACAAUAUUUUUUGCCAGUAGUUUCAUAUAUCACUAUAUCAGGGGCUGUAGAUUAACCAGUAUAAUUAAAAUUAAUAGAAUGAGCUGGAGAUAGGAAAAUUUUAAAAGGUAGUCACCUUUAACUUAACACCGAAUGAAUAAGUAUUGUAUAUAUACUUAUGUAAUUUUUGUAGGAGGUUAGCUCAUCAAAAUAAAUAUAUUUGGGGGUCAUGUAUCAAAAAACAUUGUGUUAAACCACUGUUUUAAAUCAAUCCAUUUGACAACCCCACACUUGUAGUUAAUUCAAUUUGGUUAAAUAGACUUAUUGAUAAUUUGAUUAUGAUAGAUGAUAAAUAAAAAUUGUUACUUUAUA